AUGGCAACACAGAACAUAAUUCAAGAUGUCGAGGUGGAGGAUAACAAUUUCGACUCUCGACGCUCUGGAGAAAUCGACAAGGGUGCUACUGUACCGACGGAGAUUGGCACCCUGCAACGACGACUGAAGUCUCGACAUGUUCAAUUUCUUGCUCUGUCUGGGGCUAUUGGAACAGGUCUCUUUGUUGGCACGGGUCAGGUUCUUUCACUAGCUGGACCAUUGUCUGCGGUACUCGCCUAUCUCAUUACGGGCUUCAACCUUUACGCGGUUAUUAACAGCAUGGGUGAAAUGGCGACCUGGCUACCUCUUCCCGGUGCAGUUCCUGUAUAUGCAUCUCGGUUUGUCGAUGAAGCCUUGGGAUUUACUUUGGGAUGGAAUUAUUGGUACCAAUUUGCUAUUGGCGUUCCGAUCGAGAUCAGUGCGGCUGCCCUUGUUAUCGACUACUGGCCCAGCAGCAUCUCUUCUGCGGUUUGGAUCACUGUACUUUAUGUGGCUAUCCUUGUCGUUAAUAUGCUCCCUGUUCGUGUCUAUGGCGAAGUGGAAUUUUUCCUCGGAUCGAUCAAACUCACCACCAUUGUAGGAUUGAUGUUGCUCAUGCUGAUUAUCACACUCGGUGGUGCACCAUCACACGAUCGUAUAGGUUUCCGCUACUGGGACAGUCCGGGGCCAAUGAAUGAGUAUCUAGAGACAGGCUCACUAGGCCGCUUUCUAGCAUUUUGGAAAGUUUUCAUCCAGGCCACCUUUAGCUACGGCGGCAGCGAAAUGGUUGUUGUCGCAGCAGGAGAGACUGAAAACCCUCGGCGCAACAUUCCGAAAGCGGUGCGUCGUGUUUUCUGGCGCAUUGCUAUCUUCUAUGUCGGAAGCGUCUUCUUAGUUGGCCUAUGUGUCUCAUCUAAAGAUGAUCGACUACUCAACGCUAUUGACACGGGUGCUGCAGGGGUUGGGGCAAGCCCUUUCGUCGUUGCUAUUGAGAAUGGUGGUAUCCAAGUGCUCCCGUCAAUUAUCAAUGCUGUGGUGCUCACUUCUGCGUUAUCCGCGGGUAACUCUUUCUUUUAUGCGUCCACUCGAAUUCUGUACUCCACGGCACUGGAUGGGAAAGCGCCUCGUGUCCUUCGAUUUGAAAGGUUCGGUGUUCCAUACGCAUGCGUUGCUGUCACUGCAGCACUGAGCUUGCUUGUCUAUCUCAAUGUCUCAUCUAGCUCAGCCGAGGUGUUCUUUUGGAUAAGCAAUUUGAGCGCUGUCAGCACGCUGAUCGUAUGGACCUCUAUUUCUGUGACUUAUAUUCGCUUCCAUCGAGGGGUAAAAUACCACGGCAUACCACGCUCCUCACUUCCUUUUCAAUCUCCUUUCCAACCUUUCAUGGCAUACUUUGCCAUGAUUUUCUCCUCUACUGUGGCGUUUUUCAAUGGCUUCGACGCAUUCUUCCCUGGUCAUUUCAGUGCGAAGAGCUUUAUACCCCCAUAUAUCGAUAUUCCUAUCUUUGCCAUGCUAUUUUUGGGGUACAAAUCUGUCAAGGGCACAAAAUUCGUUAGGAUAGAAGACAUGGACCUCCUAUCUGGAAAGGCAGAUGCUGACGAGCUGGAAUCAACGUGGGAAGAACCCAAGCCUCGCAAUUUUUUCGAGCGAAUUUGGUUCUGGAUUGCAUAA